AUGGAGGCCGCGGCCGCAGCGAAGGCGUCCCGGGCCUCCUGGCUCGCUCGGAGCCUGGCCGCAGCAGCGCCUUGUUACAGCGGCGUGUUCGUCUUCUUCGCCGCGCUCGUCGCCGGAGCUCUCGUCUCCGCCUGCUGGAUGUCUGUCAGCGCCAGAGUCACUCCGAUCACUCCUGUCGCCGCCACUCAAUCCAUAGCACACAACGCCGCAACGGGGCAGGUGCCAGCGCCGGGUCCGCCAUGGUUCACCGGCGUCAUCGGCGGGAGCACGAACCAAACGCCGUCCGCGGCGCCCAGUUCCGCGCCACCGCCUCGGGAGGUGCCAGUGCCAGCGCCAGCACCACCCACCCCGGCGCCCGCGGAAGCAGCCGUGCCGCCGGACUGCCCGUCCUACUUCCGGUGGAUCCACGAGGACCUGCGGCCGUGGCGCGCCGCGGGGGUCACGCGCGACGCGGCGGAGGGCGCGCGCCGGCUAUUCGCGCCCAAGUUCCGCGUCACCGUGGUCGCGGGCCGCCUGUACGUGGCGCGCUACGGCCGGUGCUUCCAGACGCGGGCCGCGUUCACGCAGUGGGGCAUCCUGCAGCUGCUCCGCCGCUACCCCGGCCGCAUCCCGGACCUCGACCUCAUGUUCGACUGUGAGGACCUGCCCGUCGUCAGCGCUGGCGACCGCCACCAGCUGGCCCAGGCUCCGCCGCCGCCGCUGUUCCGGUACUGCGGCAGCGAGACGACGCUGGACAUCGCCUUCCCUGACUGGUCAUUCUGGGGUUGGCCUGAGCUUAACAUAAAGCCAUGGGAAGCGCUGCGGAGGGAGAUCAACGAAGGGAACGCCAUGGUGAACUGGACGGACAGGGCGCCGUACGCGUACUGGAAGGGGAACCCCAUGGUGGGCGCCGAACGCCUGCUCCUCCUCAGGUGCAACGCGUCCGGCAAGCGUGACUGGAACGCGCGGGUAUACGCGCAGGACUGGGGAAAGGAGGUGCGGCACGGAUUCAGGGGAUCGGACCUGUCCAAGCAGUGCACGCACAGGUACAGGAUUUACAUCGAGGGGCGGGGGUGGUCGGUGAGCGAGAAGUACAUCCUGGCGUGCGACUCGGUGGCGCUCAUGGUGCGGCCGAGGUUCCACGACUUCUUCUCGCGGGGGCUGUCGCCGCUGCGUCACUACUGGCCCGUCCGCGGCGACCGCGGCAUGUGCCGGUCCAUCAAGUACGCCGUGGACUGGGGCAACGCUCACACGGACAGGGCGCAGGAGAUGGCAGGGAACGCGAGCAGGUUCAUCCAGGAGGAGCUGACGAUGGAACGCGUCUACGACUACAUGUUCCACCUCCUGACAGAGUACGCCAGGCUGCUGCGGUACAGGCCCGCGGUGCCGCGCGGCGCCGCGGAGGUGACCGUCGAGUCCAUGACCCGGGGAAGGCGGGGGCUGGAGAGGCAGUUCAUGAUGGACACGGCGGUGGCCAGCGCGAAUGGCGAAGGCCCCUGCAGGCUGCAGCCGGCUUACAACGCCGAGGAACUAGAGGCGCUGCGAAGAGCGAGAGAGGAGGCGGUGAGGCAAGUGGAGGCGUGGGAGAGUGACGGUUGA